CUUGACAUCUUUUGAAGCUUGUCGCGCAAAAACAUUUGAAGUGGUCGGUCUGCGACGCAUACUUUUAAAAAAACAACUAAAAAGAACUGAUAACUGGACAACUACCAUCGAGGAUUUAUUCUCUUGUUACCGGCAUUGGGUUUGCGCAGUCCCGUGAACUUCCAGACGCCGGCACCCAAGCCUUUUCUACCCUUGUGGGUUGAGGGAUGAGUGCAGGUCUCAAGUCUACAUCGAAAUAAUCGUACUUUACGCUGCCGACUAGACGGGCCAUCACAUUCCAACGAACAAACACACGUCCAUCAUCUUCGUACCCGAUACCACAUUCCUACCCUACAUACCUAGCAAACAAACCGACACCAUGUCGUUCUUCGGCAAUAAUGCAACCUCUGGAGGUCAAUCCAACAAUGCCACUACGUCAAGUGCACCUGGUACUGGCAGCUUGUUUGGCACAACGACCUCAGGCAGCUCGAGCAAUCUUUUCGGUGGCUCAUCUACCGGAACACCUAGCUUCUCCUUCGGAAAUCUAGGUGGAAAUUCUAGCAACACGACAGCUGCAUCGGCACCAGGAACUUCACCUAGCUUGUUUGGAAAUAGUGCAGCCAAACCAGCAGAACAGAAGCCUUUAUUUGGAGGAGCUACAGCAGGCGGUAGUGCACCAACCACUACCGCGCCGAGUGGAAGUCCCGCUCCGCUAUUUGGCAGCAUUUCUUCAGCUCCUAGUUCCAACCUCUUCGGUGGUGCGAAACCAGCUCAAUCCACAAACCUCUUCGGAAACAACAACACUUCAGCACCUGCGUCGACUGGUGCAUCUACAACCCCGACUUCGGCAGUAUCGGGUGCUUUCCCUGCAGGUGGAUUGUUCGGAUCGAAGGACAACAAGGCUUCAACGCCAACCACUAACGCCCCUACCUCUCAAGCUGGCGGUAUGUUUGGUAACCUUGGCGGAAGCAGUAACCUCUUUGGUGGUGCGAGUUCUAGCAACACCCCGACUAUCAACGCCCCUAGCCCUUCCGUGUCAACACCUACGAAGACGAUGUUCCCACUGAACUCUACCACUCCUGCGGGAGCACCCCCGACGAAACCUACUGGUAGCCUCUUCGGAAAUACCGGAACUCAGAGCUCCUCUCUCUUUGCAGGCGCUCAACAGGGCGAGAAGAAGGAGAGCCAGCCCGGUAGCUUGUUCGGAGCUGCGGGUGGUUCGCAGGCUGCAACGGCAACAAGCCAGCCAGCAUCAUCUGCUUCAGCCGCUCCUUCGCUGUUUGCGGGUACUGGCCAGACCUCAAACCAACCCUCUAACCUCUUCGGAGGCGCGAAGCCUGCUGAAGGCUCCUCUGCCCCAAGUCUAUUUGGAGCGAAACCUGCAGCUCCCGCACAGACUACCGGCGCUGUACCUGCGGGCGCUUCCUCACUUUUUGGGCAACAGGCAUCGAAGCCAGCUGAGGCAUCUUCGGCAAAGCCUAGCAAUCCUCUUUUUGGAGGCCCAAGCACCACGCCGACGUCGACGGCGUCAGCUGGCUCAUCCUCGUUAUUCUCUGGUCUCAACAAGCCUUCAUCUACUCCGGCUACGACGUCCACCCCUGCCGCUCCGACGACAACGCAGACCAGCUCACUCUUCUCAGGCCUUAACAAACCUUCGGGUCCCGCUGCCUCAUCUGAGCCGGCUAAGCCGCAAACAACUUCCAUGUUCUCUGGUCUAGGCAAACCGGCCUCUGGUACCGCAACCACUGAACCAGCCAAACCUGCGUCUGGCCUCUUCGGCGGCGCUGCUUCUACUUCAGCGGCAGGAUCCACACCUGCCACAACCGCUGCACCAAGCACUGGUGCGGCAACUUCUGCUUCUACUCCUUCUCUAGGCUCUACGACCACGACCGCUGCUCCUGCAAGCUCCUUAUUCGGUGGUGCUUCCAAGCCUGCUCAGCAAGCGGCUAGCACGAGUUUGCAACCCUCUGCGGCUGCCCCUAAUGCCAUGAAUGCCUCUACUGCCGGUCCUCCUUCGUCUAUGGCGCGACUCAAGAACAAAACAAUGGACGAGAUCAUCACUCGCUGGGCUACGGAUCUCUCGAAGUACCAGAAGGAGUUCAAAGAGCAAGCAGCUCAAGUCGCUCAGUGGGAUCGUCUCCUAGUCGAGAACGGAGAGAGAAUCCAGAAGCUUUAUCUGGAUACCUUUGAAGCUGAGAAAGGUAGUCGAGAGAUUGAGCGACAGCUCGUUGGAAUCGAGAGUCAACAGGAAGAACUUGAGUCAUGGUUGGAUAGAUACGAGGGCGAGGUAGACUCGAUGUUUGCCAAGCAGAUUGGACACGGAGAUCAGCUUGCAGGUCCUGACCAGGAGCGAGAGAAAACCUACAAGCUGGCCGAAAAGGUCACGGAGAGACUGGAUGAAAUGGGACGUGAUUUGACGAAGAUGAUUAAGGAAAUCAACGAUAUUUCCGGUACAUUGAGCAAGGGCAACAAGCCAGAUGACCCGGUAAGUCUUUUCUACGAAAGGCCCCUGAGAUGUUCCAGUUAGCUAACCCCAUCUAUAGUUGAGUCAAAUCGUCCGUGUGC